GGCCUGGUUGACCCCAGUCGCGUGAGUGCGGUGGGCGGCUCCCACGGCGGCUUCCUCACAGCGCACCUGCUGGGGCAGCACCCGGACAGGUUCAGGUGCGGGGUGGUUCGCAACCCGGUCACCAACCUCUCCCUCAUGGUGGGACUCAGCGACAUACCCGACUGGUGCUUCGUAGAGGCUCUGGGGAGCGAGGAGGGUCGCCGCCGCGCCAGCCCGCUGCCCUCCCCCGCCGACCUGGCCGCCCUCUUCGCCGCCUCCCCCGCCGCACACGCGCACGCCGUAACUGCCCCGCUGUGCAUGAUGCUGGGGGCGCGGGACCGGCGCGUGCCGCCGCCUGACGGGCUGCAGUUCCUGGCUGCAGUGCGGAGCAGGGAGGAGGGGCAGGCGGGGGCGCCACCCACCCGCCUCAUCGUGUUUCCCGAGGACUCUCACGGACUGGACAAACCGCAGACGGAGUUUGAGAACUGGAUCAACAUCGCCUGGUGGCUCAAGAUGUACGGAGGGGCGGAAGGAGGAGGCAGUACGGCAGCAGGGGAGGAGGAGGG